AUGGACACGGACUUGAACAAGACGCAGAAUAUGGACAGAUAUACGGAAAAUGAACUAGGAACGAAAAAACAGACUAUGGAAAGGAUUACCCUAGAAACAAAAAACAAAGGAAAACAACAAAAUGGAAAAGAUGGCAAUACAGCGGAAAACACAAAACAAAGACGAGAAUACACGCAAAGAUCAAGACAACAAAGGAACUACCAAAAAGAAGCAACGGUUAUCGUGGAAACGGGAGAAACUGAAACAUCGGAGAGAGAGACUGAAACGGGAGAAAAAAGAAACCAAGAACAGACAAACAUAGAAGAAGAAACAGAACAGGAAACACAGACAAACGAGAAAACAACAGCUAAAGAACAGACAGAGAAUGGGGACGACAAUACAAAAGAAGACACAACUAAAACAAUAGAAAUGGAACAAGAAACAGACAACAAAGAAGAAGAAGAGGAAACAAUGGACACAGACAACACAAAAGAGACAGACAGUAAAGGAAUUGACAACGUUUUUAAAACAGAACAAAUGGCGAGGACAACUGAAGGGACAAAAAGAAAGACUAAACCGCAACCAAACAUAAUAAAAGCUUUGGAAAAACAGAGGAAAAGAAGAGAAAUAGCAAAGGAGAAAAGAAUAGAAAAAACGGGUAUGUUUGACGUUUUAAGUGAAGUACAUUUAGAAUAA